AUGGACCGAGAGGAGGCGAAAGAGCUCAGAGAGCGCUGUACCCAGUGCGCUGCAGUGUCUUGGGGUCUGACUGAUGAGGGCAAAUACUAUUGUACUUCCUGCCACAAUGUUACAGACAGAUCUAAGGAAGUUUUAAACAUCGAGGCGAUUCCUAACGCUAAAAAACAAGCUAUCAACCGGGGGCUUAAAGUGAGGAAAAAACACGAGAGAGGCUGGGACUGGUACGUGUGUGAAGGCUUCCAGCACAUUCUGUGUCAGCAGGCCGAGGCGCUCAAGGCCCUGGGGGUGGGCCCCGAGGUAAAGAGCCCAGUGUUACAUAACCUGUGGAAGCGCUACCUCCAGAAGAGCCAGCAGGCGUACUGCGAAAACCCGGUUCACACCAGGAAACGGAAGGCUGCGGCCCCGGGGAGCCCCAGCGCCUCGGACUGGGAGAGCGAGCCCGCGCUGCUGAGCGAGGCCAGCGGCCCCUCCCUGGGCGACAGCGGGGCUGACGGCUGCGGGAGGCCCUCCCCGCCCGGCAGAGCCUCCCAGUCAGAGAUGGCCUCCGUCUGCUCUGGGUCCCUGGACGGAGUCGAGUACUCGCUGCACAAGGAGAAGGGGCUGGUGAAGAUGACGGUGCCCGCCACCCUGGCUCUCUGCGGCCUGGCGCUGCUGUGGCAGCGGGAGGCGCUCGCCCUCUCCGACCUCCUGCGAUUUGUUGAAGAGGGCCAUAUUCCUUAUGUCAAUGCUUUUGAGCAUUUUCCAGAGGAGAUGAAACUAUAUGGGCGUGACAAAGGAAUCUUUGCGAUAGAGGCGUGGCCCAGCUACGAGGACAUCCACCGGAAGAUGAUCGAAGUCGCCACCUUCCUGGACCUGCCCCGCUUCCCGGCCAUCACGGAGGACUGCUACCUCCACCCCAACAUCCUGUGUCGGAAGUACCUGAUGGAAGUCAACCUUCCCGACGAGAUGCACGACCUCACCCGCCAGGUGGUGCAGAUGGCCGGCCUCGGGGAGGCGGACAUCCUGACCUUCGACCCCAUCGGCACCCGGGCGCGGGCCGUGAAGUACGAUGUGCAGGCGGCGGCCAUCAUCGUGGUGGUGCUGAAGCUGCUCUUCCUGCUGGACGACCACGUGGAGUGGUCUCUGUCGGAGAUUGCUGAGACUUAUAACCAAGAGAACAGAGAAGAUAAGCCAUGUUUUGAUUUCAGAAAAUGGUACCACGUUAUGAAGAAAUCCUUUGAUGAGAAAAAACAAAAAUGGGAGGAAGCCAGGGCAAAGUUCGUGUGGAAAAGCGAGAAGCCGCUCUACCAUUCGCCCAUCGACAGGUCCGUGGCGCACAAGCGGCGGGAGAUGGUGGUGAACCUGCAGAAACAGUUCAGCACGCUGGCUGACUCGGCACCGACAGCUGCCAAACACAGCCCUUCCAGUUUCCAGUUCCGCUGGGCGGGAGAGGGCCCCGGUGCAGUCUGCUUCCACGGGCACCGCCUCCGGGGCAUCCUGUGCAGGAAAGGCCGCUCGCUCAGGACCCGGAACUCGCUCUACUGGCUGAGCACUCAGAGGUUCUGCAGAAGCUACUGUAAGCAUGUGACGACCUAUGAAGAGUCCAACUUCUCGCUGAGUUACCAGUUUAUAAUAAAUCUCUUCUCGUUCCUGCUAAGGAUAAAGACCUACUUCCUCCACGAAGAAGUGAGCUUAAUUGAAAAGAGACUUUUUAAGACAAAAUACAGUAAACCAAAAACGAAACCUUCAAGAUCCAGGAAAGUGCGAAAAUGA